GGCAGCGGCCGCGGAGAGCGCACAACAGUGGAGCGGAGAGGGCGUCCCAACACCGCAGCUGCUGCACCACCACACCACCACCACCACACCGCACCGCCCGGCCUCUCCGAGCUGCUCACAACCGAAAAGGAAAGCCGCAUCAGCGGGGGGAACAUGCUGUCGCACCGGCCGUCUCAUUAACUCAUCCGCCAUCCCCCCACCCCCCCCUCCCCGAUAAACAAGGCUGCUCAGCGGGCAACAACACCCUGAACCUCCGGCAGGACUCCCGAAGCUGUAGAGGGGAGAAUUUCAAUUUGAAAAGUUCUUUUAUUGAAGGCCUGUUGGAUUCUGCGUAGCAGCCAUGGGCAGCAAGACUCUGCCAGCUCCAGUCCCUCUCCACCCGUCCCUCCAGCUGGCUAACUACUCCCUCCUGCAGAGCUCCACAGGCCUCCAGCUGCCGUCAGAUAAUUUUCACAGCAUCUACAGCUUCAGUGCCCUACACGCCAUCCAUCUCCACCAGUGGACGCUCGGCUACCCGCCUUUGGCCCUGCCCCGCUGCACCAUCUCCAAGCUGCCCUCCCAGUUCUCCUCCAUGGCCUCCAUCCCCAUGUUCCCUCACCUCCUGCAUCCCAAGCAGGACUCAGCGGGGCUGCUGCAGAGCUCCAAGAAUAAGCCCCGCUUUGACUUUGCCAACCUUGCAGCAGCAGCCACCCAGGAGGAUCAUCUGAAGGCGGAGGACCUGAGCAUGACGGGUGCUGCUGCCGCCGCCGCUGCCGCCGCAGCUUCAUCUCACCACGCGGCCUCGGCCGGCCUGGGAUGCCUCCUGGACGUGACCAAACUCUCCUCACCGGAGCGCAAGUCCAGCCGAGGCCGACUGCCCUCCAAGACCAAGAAAGAGUUUGUCUGCAAGUUCUGUGGCCGCCAUUUUACCAAAUCCUACAACCUUUUGAUCCAUGAGAGGACACACACGGACGAGAGGCCAUAUACCUGUGAUAUCUGCCACAAGGCCUUCAGAAGACAGGACCACCUCCGGGACCACAGGUACAUUCAUUCCAAAGAAAAGCCCUUCAAAUGUCAGGAGUGUGGGAAGGGCUUCUGUCAGUCCAGGACUCUGGCUGUCCAUAAAACAUUACACAUGCAGGUCAAGGAACUGAAGCCAGCCAAGAUCAAGUGAUUCACUCUGCCAGCAGGGGAAGGGACCGGGACACUGGAAAAACACGACCAAAGACAACAACAGUCAAAGAACAACCAAAGACUUCUUCAUCUCAGCUGUGGGAGGCAGAGCGCUCUGCUUCUGUGGGAAUACUGCUCAAGGAUGAAAUAUUUCACCAGCCACUUCUUUUUAAAGGAAUAAAGCCGUAGUAGAGAGGUGUGUGCUAAGUUAUCAAAGCCUGACUUGGCAGGGGAUGUGUGAAAUGUGAAAUGGAAAACAAAGUACCUUGUGGCUGUUCGGUGCAAAUACUUUGCUCAGAAGCUUAUAAUCCAAAGACUUUAUUAAAAGGGACACAAUUCUUAUGCAAUGUUUUUUUUUUACAAAAACUGAGAAUGAUCAAAGCCAUGUUAACACAUUUUCCUCCUUUUUCAAUAUCACAUCCCAAUGUUAUUUUUGUACAGAUGCAUUAUAUCAGAAAUGUAUUUUUGCACUUUAACCUGAUUAUUGAUUAUUUACAUAUAUCA